AUGCCAUCCUCUUCUCCUUCACUUUACUCCUCAACCGUGCUAAUCUUCCUUCAAUUUCUCUGGUCAACAAAUGCUGCGGUAGUUUCCUCUACUUCAUCCUCUUCGUCACCUCGCCGCAAGCCUUGUACGGACGAAAAUGGCCAUCCUAUAAAAAAGGGCUUAUGCAAUAGCACCUUGACGAUUAGUCUAGCAACUUCGGUGCCCGUCAUACUCUUCUUCAGCCUAGGUAUUCUCAUCUUUGUCAAAUUGAGACGGAAAAGAGCUCAAGAAGCAAUGAUGAAUGAGCUAGGUCUCGAAUCCAAGGCCUCACUGCCUGGGACGACCACGACGACCACCCCCCAUCCCCCGAGCCGCACAAAGGUCGUGAAAGUUAAAUUGCCCGGGCUCCACAUACCACCUCAAAUGGGGACGUAUCCCGGUCCUGAUUCAGUCACAACCCCGGUCUCACUUCAUAUACGACAAUAG